GGGGCUUGUAAGUACAUACAUAUGUACAUAUAUCGACACAAUAAAAAAAAUCUGCUUAGAUUUCGAAAAUUUGCUAACGCAGAUGGGUUGUCAAAAACGAGUGAGAUAGCUGUUCAAACCUCUAAUAGUUCAAUCAUGAUAUGUACACGUACUUAUGUACAUACAUACAUACAUAUGUAUAUCAUAGCAACUCAAUUAUUUUGUUUUCUAUCAUGAUUUUUUUUUGAUAAUGUACAUAUGUAUACACAUUUUUCUCGAAGCAAUUUAUUUAAGUAUCUAGACGUUUAUUGGUACUCUUAUUUAUUAUUGGAAUAAAGGAAUAAGUCGGUAAAAUGUGUUCGAAGGAACAAUACAGUGAGAUGAAAGAUAAAUUUAAACCACCCAAAUUGAAACAGCCAACAACUACACGAGCUCGUUGCUAUGAACAGUUCCUUUGGCAAGAGCUGUACAACGAAUAUAUUCGCUACAAUGACCGUUUGGUUAAUGUAAGGCCGGACAAAGCAAAUACAGAAUAUUUUGAUGAAUAUUGUAAAAAGGUACCAAAGGAAGAUAUGGCUAAAAAGGAGCGUUUGAUUAAUAUUUACCCGUUGUACAGCACUAGUGCGAUAACCUUGUGGAAUAACAAUGGUGAUAUAACUAGAGAUUUUAAAAAGCGUUACAUUAUAACACGCCCGGUGCAAGAACAAGCUGAACAGUUCGGAUAAUGUGAGACCAGAGAUAAACUAUAUUUUUAAUUAAUGUAUUAGUAUAUACUUGUAUACUAACGCUUAUGUUCAGAUGGGCACAAUAUGUCUUUCCCAAUUACAAAAUUAAAAACUGAAAAAUUGUACACGUUUUAAUUACAAA